CCCGGCGGCGUGGCACUGAGUGGCCAGCCCGGCGGCCCCUUCCUCAACCCGGCGCUCAGCCAGCAGCAGCAGCAGCAGCAGCAGCAGCAGCACGCGGCCGGGGCGGGGGCCCUAGCGGGCCCCUCGGGCGGCUUCUUCCCCGGGAACCUGGCCCUGCGGGGCCUGGGGGCCGACGCGAGGCUUUUACAGGAGCGGCAGCUGCAGCUGCAGCAGCAGCGCCUGCAGCUGACUCAGAAGCUGCAGCAGCAGCAGCAGCACCUCCUGGGCCAGGUGGCUCUGCAGCAGCAGCAGCAGCAGCAGCAGCAGCAGGGCCUGGGGGCCAAGCCGCAGGGCCUGCUGCCCCCCGGCAGCCACCAGGGCCUCCUGGUCCAGCAGCUGUCUCCCCAGGGCCCCCCCGGGCCCUCGGGCAUGCUGGGCCCUGCCCAGGUGGCGGUGAUGCAGCAGCAGCAGCAGCAGCAGCAGCAGGUGCACCCUGGAGGUCUGGGCCCCCAAGGCCCCCACAGGCAGGUGCUCCUGGCCCAGCCCCGCAUGCUGGGCUCCCCUCAGCUGGCCCAGCAAGCACAAGGCCUGAUGGCCCACCGCCUGGUCAUGGCGCAGCAGCAGCAGCAGCAGCAGCAGCAGCAGCAGCAGCAGCAGCCCCCGCCGCCUCUGGCGGGUCUCUCCCACCUCCAGCAGGGGCUGAUGCCUUCUGGCGGGCAGCUGAAGCUGGGCACGCAGGCCCUGGGGACGCCACAGCCGCCACAGCCGCCGCUGGGACUCCUGAAUCAGGGCCGAACUCUAUUGCCUCCCCAGCAGCCGCCGCCGCCGCCGUUGCUGCCCCCCGCAGCCGGCUCUCAGCCGCCACCGCCGCCGCAGGGGGCCCUGGGGCCCGGCCUACCUGCCAAACCCCUCCAGCACUUUCCCAGCCACGGAGCCUUGGGCCCGGCCCUCUUGCUGAGCCAGGGGCUGCCCGCGGGCCUAGCAGGCAAGGAGCAAGCCGGGGCAGAGCCGGUGCUGGUGGCCGAGGGGGCCGAAGCCUCUUCCGUCCACCUGGGAGGACCGCUGGCGUUGGCUGCCCCGGCAGAACCCCUGCCCCCGGAGCCGGGGGAGGGGAAGCCCCCCCUCCCCGGGGACGCCCACCUCCUCGUGCCCCAGCCCCAGCCCCCUCCUCAGAUGAACUCCCUGCAGCUACAGGCCCCUCUGAGAGUCCCGGGGCAGCAGCCUCCGCAGCCGCAGGCUGGCUCACUCCAUCCGGCCGGCAGUGCCGGCCACGGGCCCGUGGCUGGCGGACAACCCCCCGAAGGGACUUCGAUGCCUCACCUGUUGGCGCAGCCCCCCGGCCCCGUGGGGGAGCGAGCCCUGAAGGGGAGCCCCAGGCCGCAGCCGCCCAAGGCCGGCCCCCCGCCCCCCGCGGGGCAUCCGGGGAUGCCCACGGUGGGACAGCUCCGGGCCCAGCUGCAGGGCGUCCUGGCCAAGAACCCGCAGCUCCGGCACCUGAGUCCCCAGCAGCAGCAGCAGCUGCAGGCCCUUCUCGUGCAGAGGCAGCUGCAGCAGGGCCAGGUGCUCCGGCCCACGGCGCCCUGCGUGGAGCCCGGGACGCAGCCUUCUUCCUUGCAGGGCCUCCUGGGCCGCCAGCCCCACCCGGGGGGCUUCCCAGGAGCGCCAUCGGGGCCCCUGCAGGAGCUGGGGGCGGCGCCCCGGCCCCAGGGCCCCUCCCGCCUCUCUGCCCCCCAGGGAGCCGUCGCAUCGGGGCCGGGCCUCGGCCUCGCACAGCCCCCUCCUCUGCCAUCCAGCCCCCAAGAGCCAAAGAGACCUUCCCCGCGACUGCUGCCCCCCAGCCCUCAGCUUCCCGCCGAGGCCCAGCUCCCCCCUGCACAGACGGAGACCCCCAAACCCCACGAAUCCUCCUUGGAGUUACCUUCAGGAGACGUUGUGCCCCCCUCCCCGGCGGCCCCCCAGCUCCCGGAGGCUUUCUUUGCCAAGGGGCCCGGCCCCUGGGAAGCCCCGGACGGCCUGGCCGAGGCCCGCAAGCCCGAGCAGAACAACCCGGGGCCUGGAGAGAUGGAGCGGGUGAACGGGCAGGAGCUGCAAGAGCCGCCCCGACUCAUGAUCAAGCAGGAGCCCCGUGAGGAGCCGUGCGCCCUGGGCGCCCAGAUGGUCAAGCGAGAGGCCAACGGAGAGCCUGCGGGCACCCCCGGGACCAGCAACCACCUCCUGCUGGCGGGCGGCCGAUCGGAGGCCGGCCACCUGCUCUUGCAGAAGCUGCUUCGGGCAAAGAACGUCCAGCUCGGGGCGGGCCACGGCCCCCCCGAGGGGCUGCGAGCCGAGAUCAAUGGGCACAUCGACAGCAAGCUGGCCGGCUUGGAGCAGAAGCUUCAGGGCACCCCCGUCUGCAAAGAGGAUGCUGCAGCCAAGAAACCGCUGACUCCCAAACCCAAGAGGGUGCAGAAGGCGGGCGACAGGGUAGCAAGCUCCCGAAAGAAGCUACGGAAGGAAGAUGGGGUGAAGGCCAACGAGGCCCUGCUAAAGCAGCUGAAGCAGGAGCUGUCCCUGCUGCCCCUCACUGAGCCCAGCAUCACCAACAACUUCAGCCUUUUCGCACCCUUUGGCAGCGGCUGCCUCAUCAACGGGCGGAGCCAGCUGAGGGGGGCCUUUGGGAGCGGGGCGCUGCCUACCGGCCCCGACUACUAUUCGCAGCUUCUAACCAAGAAUAACCUGAGUAACCCACCGACGCCACCGUCCUCCCUGCCGCCCACCCCACCACCGUCAGUGCAGCAGAAGCUGGUGAACGGGGUCACUCCUUCUGAGGACCUGGGGGAGCAGCCUAAAGAUGCCGCCCCGGCCCGAGAGGCUGACGGGGGGCCCCGCGAUGCCCCCGAAGUGAAGAGCUUGGAUCUGCUGGCGGCGCUUCCCACGCCUCCUCACAACCAGACCGAGGAUGUCAGGAUGGAGAGUGACGAGGAGAGCGACUCCCCGGAUAGCAUCGUCCCGGCCUCUUCGCCCGAGAGCAUCCUGGGGGAGGAGGCGCCUCGGUUUCCCCAGCUGGUGUCGAGCCAGCAGGAGCAGGACGACAGGGCCCUGUCCCCAGUCAUCCCCAUCAUCCCCCGGGCCAGCAUCCCAGUCUUCCCAGAUCCCAAGCCCUAUGGAGCUCUGGAGCUCGAGCCGGCAGGAAAGCUGUCCGCCGCUGCCUGGGAGAAGGGCAAAGGGAGUGAGGUGUCCGUCAUGCUGACCGUCUCUGCCGCUGCCGCCAAGAAUCUGAACGGCGUCAUGGUGGCUGUGGCCGAGCUGUUGAGCAUGAAGAUUCCCAGCUCCUAUGAGGUGCUGUUCCCAGAGAGCCCUGCCCGGGCUGGGGGCACCGAGCCCAAGAAGGGGGAAGCAGAGGGGCCCGGUGGGAAAGAGAAGAGCCUCACAGGAAAGGCCGCAGAGGGGGGCAGCGACUGGCUGAAACAGUUGGAUGCGGUGCUGCCCGGCUACACCCUCAAGAGCCAGCUGGACAUCCUGAGCCUCCUUAAGCAGGAAAGCCCUGCCCCGGAGCCACCCGCCCAGCACUGCUACACCCACAACGUCUCCAACCUGGAUGUCCGACAGCUCUCGGCCCCACCCCCCGAGGAG